UAUCCGAAUAUAGCUUCGGCCAUUUUGUUUCUUCCAGGAGACAAGGUAGUUUUCUUUUGGCGAUGGCCGAAGCACAGCUUUUAGUUCUGGGCCCAGAAGGUGUUGGAAAAACUGUUAUGCUAAAAAGGCUUCAAACGUUGACUGCCCAGCAGAAUUUAGCGCAAGCACUUCACAAGCAAGAUCUUGGCGAAGCACCUUCGACAAUUCCCACGAUUGGAGUGAAUUUGGUUACUGUAACAUACAACAGAAAGAAAUAUACCUUCAGGGAACUCGGAGGAGCAAUGGGGCCAAUUUGGAAUAAUUAUUUUAAAGACGCAGGUUAUUUAGUGUACAUCAUAGACACGGCAAAUCAGACCCAGGUUGCGUCUUCAUGUAUUCAACUUCUUGAAGUGCUCGCCUCGAAGCAGACCCAACAUAUGUCUGUUCUUCUGAUUUUUAACAAGAUUGAUUCACCAGACCGCCUGAGUAUGAGCGAAAUAAGCGCUCUAUUAAGACUUAGGGAGAUAUCGGCAAGUGCUAGGCAAGAUAUUACAGUUCUGGAGUGCAGCUUUCGCGAAGGGGCAGGCUUAACUGAAAUUUUAAAAUGGCUGCAGGAGAAAUGUGCGAAGUAAAAUGAAAUAAACAUCUGUUUUGAGGUAUAAACACCAAUUUUUGUUUUCUCUUUCAUCCAAGUCAGUUUUCCGAAUUAAAAAUUUUAGUCUUUGGAAAACAUUACUUUCCUAAACCUCUGGGUAAAUGUUCAAUACUUAUGUUUUGCUGAUAUGUAUUGUGCUGUCAGUAUAAUCAAUAGAUUCCAUGUUACCUUUUAUAUGUUCAUCAAUUGAUCACAGUGAACAUUAAAAUGUGAUCACAACAAAAACAUUGGUGUGGAAAGUGUAGGCAAGUGUGUCACUCAUUUUCUUACCAAAAUUUUGAUGUUUUCUCUGAUAUAUAAUACUGAACCAACCCGCAACAACAUGGAAACUCAUUGUUAUAAAGUAGCAAAAUGUUGUUAGAGGUGACAUAAUCUAUGCAACCAUCCUCCAACUGAUCAAUAAUUAGAACCAAUGAAAAUGUGUCAGCAAUUAGCUUAUUAUACAAAUUUAAUACAGAUUUGAUGCCCUGAAGUGAAGGUUAGGUGGGUGUGUGCUACCAAUGAAAGUCUUCAACCCCAGGUCCUGUCUUCCAGGAUAUCCCUUUACAUGCUUCCUGAUAUAAACCAGAUAACUGUGUCAGCUCAGGCACCCUUAGUUUGAGAGUAUGCUCUCAAUGAUGUUAAUUCAUAAAUGGUUUUGCCCACAGGAUAAGUUGAGUUGCAAAUAGAGUGAGUUGGCAAGAGGGCCGGGAUCUGUCAGACUCAGCUCCUGCUCACUUUGCUUCCAACUUGAACUAUCCUGAGGAAAAACUGCUUGUUCUGUACUGCCAAUGAGAGCCAUCUUGCUAGCUAUGGCUGGCUGACUUGAACAACCUCUUGGGUAGAAAAAACCUACUCAAACAUUGGAGGCUUGGUGGCAGGUUAGGGUACUCUGACCUUAAUUGGACAGAACACUUUUAAUUAGAUUCUAAAAGUUGUAGCUUUGAUAAACAUAGCCUGUUCUAGGCUUUCAGUCCAGAGAUGAGUAAUGAAGUUGUAUAUGCUGUCUCAGAGGCCCCUAGAACUAACUGGAGGGGUAAAACCUGUUCUGCCCAAAUAUGGACCAU